AUGCUUGGAUUCUCGGGAUCAUGUCUGUCCAAGGAGUUUUUCGACUUAGCCAAAUCGAUUGGGGAGGCCCGUUCGAAGCAGGAGGAAGACAGAAUCAUAUGCAAUGAGAUCGUUUUGCUCAAGUCAAGGUUUGCCGAUCCGAGUGCGUCAGUAAAACAGAUAAAAGAAUACCUAAUCAGGGCGAUUUACAUCGAAAUGCUGGGGCAUGACGCGUCCUUCGCAUAUAUCCACGCAGUUAAGCUGGCACACGAGAAGAACAUUUUGUGCAAGAGGACGGGCUACCUGUCAUGCAAUUUGUUCCUAAAUAAAGACCAUGAAUUAAUGCUACUUCUAAUUAAUACAAUACAGAAGGAUUUAAAAAGCGACAACCAUUUAGAAAUAUGGGCAGCGCUAAAUUGUGUGUGUAAAUUAUUAAACAGUGAAAUGAUCCCAGCGAUAUUCCCAAUUAUAAAAAAUUUAUUAAAUCAUAAAAAUGAAUUGAUAAGAAAAAAAGUUUGUAUGCUGUUGCAUAAAAUGUAUUUAAUAGAUCCAUCCUUGAUAAAAGAAAUUGACGUUUUUUUGAAAAAGUUAUUGUGCGAUGUCGACCCAUCCGUCAUGGGUGCGUCAUUAAACUUGAUCUUUUGCAUUGCCAAGAAUGACAUUACUUAUUGUAUAAAGUUAGUGCCAUACUUAGUUUCCAUUUUGAAGCAGAUAUGUGAAAAUAAAUUGCCUAAGGAUUAUGAUUACCAUAGAAUUCCCGCUCCGUGGAUUCAAAUUAAAAUACUAGCCAUUUUUAGAAUUCUCGGAUAUUCGAAUAAAAAGAUAUCAGAACAGAUGUACGAAGUGUUACAGAAGACCAUGCAGAGAGCUGACUUUGGAAUAAACGUUGGUUAUGCUAUUAUAUAUGAGUGUGUAAAAACUAUUGCUACGAUAUACCCAUCUCAUCAUUUGCUAGAGUUGGCAUCUCUGUCCAUAUCAAGGUUUAUCUCCUCAGAUAAUCAUAAUCUUAAAUACGUUGGGGUGACGGGGUUAGCUCUGAUUGUGAAAAUUAACCCUAUGUAUGCAUCGAAGCACCAGCUAGCUGUGGUAGACUGUUUAGAAGACAAAGAUGAAACGUUAAAAAUGAAAACGCUAGAUUUGUUAUACCAAAUGACGAACCCUCUAAAUGUUAAAGUAAUUGUGGAUAAGCUUUUAUUUCACGUGGAGAAUUCGCUAGACAUUCAUUUUAAGCAUGACUUGGCGUGCAAAAUAAUUCAGUUAAUUGAAAGGUACACUCCAGACGAUAUAUGGUUUUUAAAUACAAUCAAUUCUUUGUUUCUAUCCGUGGGUGAAUUACUCGAUGAGAGUUAUUCGUACUCCCUUAUUAAGCUUCUGAAGGACAGCUCCAUAUGCCUGGAUUCGGACUCAGGUGAUGAUUUGGUUCGUAGCGAAGUGAAUGAGGAGGAUAGUGUUGGGGAUGGCAAUAACCUGAACCGUGACAAUAGUAAUGUACCUUACGCAAAUCAAGGGGAAAGUGCAAAUGCGGCUUAUUUGAACAUUGCAGAGGUGGGCAGUAAGGGGGAGAUGAUGAGUGAGCCUACACCCACAGUCAAAGAAGGUGUUAGCAGCCAUCCAGAUGAUAAACCCAAUUGUGGAAAUUAUGACUUAGGGCAAAAUGAUGUAAAUGUGCCACUUGAUGACAGUGAUAAGGUACUUAUGUUGGGGGAGAUAAGAAAUGAUGGAAAUAGCGGUGGAUACGCUGGAGAUAACAGCCAUACUGGUGAGAAGCACAUUAGAGGAAAAUCCAAUCGGAAGAACGAUCAAAAUCAAUUAAAGGGGGACAAAAAAAUAAACGAUGAUGUGUACAAUUUGAGGAAGUAUGCUGUGAAUACCUACAUAACCAUGCUGGAAAAUAACGAGAAUAUUCCCUUCAUUUUGAUGCAAAUAAUUUGCUGGGUGUUGGGAGAGUAUAGCUACCUGUGCGAUAUAGAAAAUUACACAACUGAAGAUAUCAUUGAUUUGUUGUGUGAAUGUCUGGAGAAAACUUUUAACAACCCAGAUAGAGUAAAGUCCUGCAUAAUUACAGCCAUUUUUAAACUGUGUUGCUUCAACAAUAUAACCGACCAUGUCGUUGCUAAGAAGUUAAUCGAGAAAUACAAAAACAGCAGACUUACCGACAUGCAACAGAGGUGCUACGAAUAUAGUUCCAUUUUAAAUAACCCUACUUUAAUGAAAAAUGUAUUUUCAAUAUCGAGUAAGCAGAAAAUCGUCAUGGAUGAAAAUUUGUCCUUUUUAAAUCCCUUCGUGGAUAAAUAUUUGGCAAGUGGGGGGAAGGCUUACAUAAAGAAGGAAUUAAGGGAAACAGAAGCAAAUUUCGAAUCCGCUAAGAACAGCGUUCCUGUGCUCAAUUUCACACCAUAUGAAUUACCAAUCAAUAACAGAGUGCAUAUUGAUACCUUCCACACGUCCAACAGCGGCUCUGCUUAUGAAAGGAGUUACAAGUAUGACACACCAGCGCAUGUUUCGUUAGAGGAUAGAACAUCUAACCUGAAUGAGAGGGAAAGAACAUUUAAGCUUAAUGUGGUGGGCCCUAAAAAAUGGACAAAGGAAGCGUGCAAAAUGGAAGGGAAGAAUAAUAAUGAAAAAAAUAGCCUCAAAAAUGGCAAGAAAAAGAAAAAGAAAAAAAAAAAAAAAAAGGACAACCAGUCAACCUAUCAGUUGGAAGGUAGCCAUGAAAAUGUGAACAGAAAUAAAGUAGGAAAAAAGAGUGGGCAAAAAGGACUUUCUAAAUUUAGCAACACGCAGGGAGGAAUUGAACAAGAAGAGGAGGAACAAAACAAUGAUGAACUUUUUUAUGAUGGAAAAUAUGGUGGACAGGAAGGAGAAGAUGACGACGACGAGGGAGACGAAGAGGAUGACAACGAAGAAGACAACAGUGAUGAUGAUGACGACGAAACGGUGGAAAAUGAAGGAAACUAUGACGACAAUGGCCAACCAGGGAGUGACGGAGGAGAGAAUGAAAAAAGAAUGGAUAGCUUAGGAGACUACUACGAUCAGAAUUACGAAAGGUUUGACGAAAGAGAUAUACACAAUUUAGGGGAUUACAAGCCCGACCAUGAAAACCAGAGCAAUAACAAUAACAGCCCUUUUUACAAACAAGAAAGCUCCCACUCGAAUAGCAACGCAACCGCAACACGUAAUGAGCUAACAGAGAAGGAAAAAAUGGCGGCUGCUCUUUUUAAUGGUCUACUGUCGAACAAUUCUUCAGUUGACUAUUCGAGAAAUAAUUACUCUUCCAGUUUUUCAAGUAAAAAAAGCCACUCAUUAUUGUCCAAUAGGAAUUAUUUUUAUUCCAAAUCGGAUGAGAGCAGGAAUGAUGAAAGGGGAAAACACUUUUUUGAGGGAAGAAGUUCGAGCAAAUUUCAAGGAGAACCUCCUGCAUCGAGCAAUCAACAGGUGGACAAGAAAAACUCUUCGUCGAACCUUUUGGGAAACGAUUCAAACAAUUUGGAUGAAAUGAGAAAAUCAAAGUGUGCAUUUGAUAUUCUAGAUUUGAACGAACCUUCUGGUAAAGGGGACCUCAUGAAGGAAGAAGAGGAAAAUAGGAGCUGUAAAGAGGAGGACAAAAAUCUGUGGAACACCAUCAGCAGUCAGAGGAAGGCCGUUUUUUUAAACUCGACAACGUUAAGCAUAUUUCAGAUAAUUAAAAAAAUUGAGAACAACCUAAACGCCAACGUGGUGGAAGUCAGCAAAAAGGAAGCCCUAAUGUCCUGCAUUUAUAGCAGCAACAAAGUGUUGGUAAAAAUCAAAAUAGAGGAAAUAAAAUUAGUUUUUUUAGUGAAGUCCGCUGAAAUUAGCAUAAUUGACAGCGUCUUUGACAUUCUGAGAAAUUUGUUUCACGUAUGA